GCGCGCUGGGAGCGGUAGUCCGCGCUGGCGGCGGCGGGGGAGGCCGAGGCCGAGGCCGGCGUGAGCGCUCGGGCGGCGCCGCGGUUCUCCUCGCCCCCAGUCUGAUGCCCGUCCCGCCUUGCCAUGAGUCUAUGAGCUCCCUCCGGAUCAGCGUGGGUGGCCUUCCUGUCCUUGCGUCCAUGACCAAAGGUGCUGACCCCCGCUUCCGACUGCGCUGGAAAGCCAUCGUGCUGUCCUCAGCCUGCGUGGUGUUUGUGCUGCUGCUCCUCUGCUUGCACCGCUCUUCCCCCGCACGGCCCAUCCCACCCAAUCCUCACAACUGGCGACUCGGCCUGCAGGCAGGGGACCGCUACAAUGACACCUACCCGCUGUCCCCACCCCAGAGAAACCCCGACGGCGUGCGCUACCGCAUUGGAGUCAUUGCGGACCUGGACACACAGUCUCGGGGUGCUGAGGAGCACACCUGGUUCAGUUACCUGAAGAAAGGCUACCUGGUGCUGUCAGACAGCGGGGACAGCGUGACGGUGGAAUGGGACAAAGACGAAAGCGUGCUGCAGUCGCACUUGGCUGAGAAGGGCAGGGGCAUGGAGCUCUCAGAGCUAGUCGUCUUCAAUGGGAAGCUGUACUCCGUGGACGACCGCACAGGUGUGGUCUACCAGAUCGAAGGCAACAAGGUGGUGCCCUGGGUGAUCCUCUCAGAUGGGGACGGCACCGUGGGGAAAGGCUUCAAGGCAGAGUGGCUGGCGGUGAAAGAUGAACACCUCUACGUGGGAGGACUGGGCAAGGAGUGGACCACGACAACGGGAGAGGUGGUGAAUGAAAACCCCGAGUGGGUGAAAGUCAUCGGUUACAAAGGCGACGUGGGCCAUGAGAACUGGGUGGCAAACUACAAUGCGCUGAGGGCUGCAGUUGGGAUCCGCCCCCCAGGUUACCUGAUCCACGAGUCGGCAUCUUGGAGCGACACCUUGCAGCGCUGGUUCUUCCUGCCGCGCCGCGCCAGCCACGAGCGCUACAACGAGAAGGCAGAUGAGCGGCGGGGCACCAACCUGCUGCUGAGCUCCACCCAGGACUUUGGGGAUGUCACAGUAGGACACGUGGGUGAUGUGGUCCCCACCCACGGCUUCUCCUCUUUCAAAUUCAUCCCAGACACAGACGACCAGAUCAUUGUGGCGCUGAAAUCAGAAGAGGACGAUGGCAAGAUCGCCAGCUACAUCAUGGCCUUUACUCUGGACGGGCGCUUCCUCCUGCCUGAGACCAAAAUUGGGAGCGUGAAAUAUGAGGGCAUUGAAUUUAUUUAAGAGACUUUUGCACUGGACUGGAGGGAUGAGGGGGGCUUAGGAGGGGUGCUGGGGCAGGCCCUGACAGCACGCUGCUGGCAGUGCCCAGCACGCGUGCCCCCGGGCUCACUGGUCAGGCUCUGGCAAGCAAAGGGAUGCCUUGCAGCACUCCCAGCUCUGUAGUUGGCCUUGGCACCUCCUGUAAAGCGUUGGCUUUGCUGCAGCAUGCGUGGUGCGAGUGUUUCGGCAGUGGCACCUGGUGGCAAAGGACUGUCACCGCAUGGUGUUCCUAGCUUUGCGCCAGCCUGCAAGGCCCCCAGUCCAGGGCCCCCAGCUGCCAGAGAACAUGGAAUAGUGAAGUUCCCUUGUGUGGUUUUCCACGGGGUAGCCCGUGCUGCAGUCGUUAGCACGCAGCCCAGCCCUUGCUUGCAACAGAAACCUUUUGUGGUGAGUUGGUGGCUCUGUGAUGACAGCCUGGGCUCUGGGUUUCCGGCCAAAGAGGGAGUCUUGAGUUCCAG